UUAGUUUUCAGUUUUUUUCCUGUAAAACUCUGCAAAUUAAAAGUUUUAAACGCCACAUUCUCCGACAGAACUUCCUUCUCAAACAAUUUUAAGGACCCGUUUCUACCAAGUUCACUAGCGCGAGUUUUACUUCGUGCUUGUGAUCCAUUGCGAUUCUAGUCGUAUUUACGAUACGAAGACUGUUGUCAGCCUUGAAGGAUAGUCUAGCGGAAGAAAUUCAUAGGAAAGCUAACCCCAGAGUUUGGGAACAGUAUUAGAACACAAUGGAAUCCACAGGCGAGCCCAAAGACCCACUGGCCUUGGAGGCCAUUACGGAGCGCCGCAUGGUGGCCGCGUUCCUGCACUAUUUGAAAGACAAAUCCCAGAAACCAGGCAUUACCAGUGCUGCCAAGGAGAGCAUGGAAGUUGCUCGUCAGUGCUUGUCCCAAGCUUUUGAUCUGACGGAGGAACGAUUGGAAGUGUUGAAGACGAAUGUCUCUUUGAUGGAUAUCUUCGCUUCUCAUCCCGACGCAGUGCCGGCUGAUCCCAAAACAGUGUUGGAAUACGAACUGAAACGCACGCCGACUGCAUCCGCCGAGGAUAAGAGCAGAGCGGAAGAGUUUAAAAAUAAAGGUAAUGACUUUAUGAAGAACGGCCAGGUCGACGAGGCGCUACAGGCUUAUACAGAAGCGGUCAUUUUGGAUCCCACAAAUCCGAUUCUGUACUGUAACAGAGCCGCAGCUUUUAGCAAAAAGAAUCAGCAUGAUUUGGCUGCUAAGGAUUGCGAAAUUGCCAUUGCAUUUGACGGCAACUAUGCAAAGGCAUACGGACGCUAUGGUUUGGCCUUGCAUGGGUUGGGACUGCUGAAGGAAGCCAAGGAUGCUCUGGAUAAGGCUGUCAGUUUGGAUCCCGAAAAUCAGCUGUACAAGAAUAAUCUGAAACUGGUCGAAGAUGCCAUUAACGCAGCUAGCGGAGCCAACGCUGGAAUGCCUGGCGGCAUGCCGGGAGGUUUCCCUAAUAUACCAGGGAUGCCGGGAAUGCCAGGUGGAAUGGGUGGAGGUGGAAUAUUUGACAUGCUGCAGAAUCAGGAAUUUCAACAAACGAUGAUGCAAAUGAUGCAAAACCCACAAGUCCAACAAAUGGUGGGUCAGUUCUCCAACAUGUUCAUGAACCAGAUGGCGGGUGCAGGCGGCGCGCCUGGCGGAGCAGCACCUCCAGGAAUGCCACCCGGUAUGCCGGACAUGGCGGAACUUCUCCGUGGAGGGAUGCCGGGGAUGGGCAAUAUGACGCCGGAGCAAAUCGCGGAACAAAUGCGCGGACUCUUCGGCGGACAACAGCCACCGGAUAGCCAGCCGGGUUCGCAGCCUAAACCCGAAGAUAAAGAUAAAAAUGACAAAGGUCCGGGCAGCGGUGCUGGCGGAAAUCCCAGUUAUUUCUCUUAAGUAAGGAUUAGUUCGUUUUGUUACCAGAAACAAGUGGCAUGGCGUAUACACAUUUUUUGUCUUAACUUUCCAAUAUUGGCCAAGGGUUGUAGACGGAAUUAAGUGGUUUUUGUGCAUUGAAUCGAAUAAACAGCAAUCACGG